UGCGUUCAUCGCAGUCACGAGAGCCACUCGGAGAGAGUCGUGUGUACGAAUACGUAGGAGUUCCAACAUUCCUUCCUACUCCAGCGUUAAACACAAAACGUCAUCAGCCAUGAAUAUCGCACUACCACCCGGCAGAGCCCGUCCAUCCUCAUUCCUCCUUCCCUGAUAGCCGUCAGGCACGUCACGCUUUGGGAUGACCUGAUGACACUGACGCACGUCAUCGCACCCAUAAGCCAAAGACAGCGCGCCAGAAUAGGGAGAGGCCAGCUCAAGCUUUCCCCGCCCAUCCACUGCCCCCUCUGGAGCAAGGACACGCACUCGGUCAGGACAAUCCCAGGAAGGGACGGGGAUUGUCCUGGGCCGGUCGUCACCGAAGUGGCCGGAGAGGAAGAACAGCUUCACUGCGCAAUAGUACUCCUUCUCCAUUGCGGUGCCGUCCGGCAGCUUGAUGCCGAGACUCAUGGUGGCGCCGAGGACAGCGGGGCCCUUCAUGACGAGGAACACCAGAGGGCUCGCAUCGCCGACACAGCGCACCAAAUCACUGAAGCGAUGCCAGCCAGCUGAGGCCCUGUAAUGAAGACAUGCAUCAGUGCAUUAGAAUAUCCAGCGGACGGAAUGCACGAGCACCUGCAUAGCAGCUUCAGUUUGCGGUUUUGCCAGCUUCGUGGCAGGACACUUGACAGAGCCACCGCCUCCUGAAUACUCAGGCCGCUGCCCUUGGGCACCUGCAGACAAAUCAAUGCAAACGUCUCUCUCCGGUGUGUGGCUGUGUGGGUGUGUCUGUCUUCGACCUCGAAUGGAGGCCGCCAAGAGUGUCCGUCCGCGCGAAGGACUUCGAGCUCAUCAGCUAUGAUCGUCUCACCCUGACCCGGCACCACUGCACGAUGGCACCUGCGCAGAUCCGCCGAAGGACCGACAUGUGGGAUAUAGCUCGACCACUGUCUUCGCUGCUUGAAAUCGCUGUAACCCAGCUGCCAAAUCCCCAACUUCAACUUCGACCGGCCGCCUUGUCCAUCUUCUUCGUCACACACCAGCUUCUCAAGCCCAGCGACAGACACGCGUUGGUCGGGGCGACAGCCGUAGAUCAUGGUCGGCUUGUCGAAGGGGCCGAUGAGAGAGAAAUGCGUCAUCUCGCAGGAGUAUGAGUGGAAGCUACCGGCCUUCGGGAGCGUCAGACCGCCGUCGAUGUAGAUGCCGGAGACACAGCAAUCCUUCCUAAUGAUGAACACGAUGCUGCUCGCACCACCCACAUGUCUCAUGAGAUCACCAUACUGCCAGCCAUGGACAGAUCCCCUACGAAUGCCAACGGAGAGAGUGGGCGAUUGACGACUCUGCAAGAGUGUACCUGUGUGUACCUGUAUAACAACGUGAAUGUGCACUCCUUGAAAGUGGAUGGCACCAACAUCGAGUGCAGCUUCGCAGACUGGGACUCAGUCAGACUACUCCCAGCGAUCAACUACCAUCAGAAGGAAGCACACAGACGUGCAGGGCGAUGCCUGAAUGAUGCCAGACAUGUGUUAUAUGCGUCUCACCUGCGUGUUGUCUUCGCCCUCGUCUGUCGUGGUUCGAGUUGACAGCACACUGACGUCACCAGCCUCACCAUCAGACACGUCAAUCACGUCACCAUCCACCUGAUGGCAAAACAGAGAACAACAAGAUGAGCUGUGCACCGGCUGUCUUCUUUGUCUGUCUGACCUCUGGUACGUCGCUCAGCAGAUCGUCAGCAGUGACGCUGCGUACGGGCUUGGCCGCGGACCGAGAUGAGACCUGAAUAGAGGACAAGACAAACAGCAGUGGCUGUACGGACUUCACUCGCCUCAACACAUUGCUCACCACAGACGGGGCGCUCUUGAGAAAAUGUGGAUCAUCGUUUCUCCUGGGGAUCUGUUUGCGCCUUUCCCCGCUCUCCGUCCUCGUGUCCAGGGGAUGCUGAUGCUGAGGGAAACAAACACGCAAUUGACUCCCUAAUCCAGUUCCUCAUUCUCAGCAGUUUACCUCCAUAGUGUCAACGCUUUGCGAAUGCUGCUCCGACUGCUGGUCAGCGGCACGACCAGCUGCGCCAGCUGGACGCGUGAUCAUCUGCAGAGCACAGAGGACAUGAAGUGAGCCUUCUUUGUCUCUGCGAUCUGGUGCACGACGCAUCUACCGGUUGGCCUGCUUCCAUAUCAUCGCCGAGCCCCUCAUCAAUCGGCUCCAUCUACACGACACACACUCAUGCACCCGUGAAUGUGUACCUGCAUUCAACUGCGCCUACCAGGCUCUCAAGGGCAGGUUGAGCUCCGCACGGCGCAGCUGCAGCUGCGGAGGGAAUCUCGCCAGACACUGAACAAGAUGGCCGGCACGAUGUGUCUUGCGGGGAACCCUGAUGCGCCCGCAUGUCAUCCGACUGCACGCACAUCACACCCUCGGCAUGAGACAGGUACAGAAAUCCAGUCUCUCUCGCCUACUGUAAAGUCGUCAAGGAUGUCUAAAGGAGAUUGGAACCCUAUAGCAGCAGCAGCACACGAUGCAGGUACGUGCGGGCUCUCGCCGAACAACGAGCGUGAUGGCGAAUAUCGGUUGGAACCGAAAGGGUCGUAGAGGUUGUUGGCCUCGUUGUCUUGGCUGGACGGCAUGGGGCCGAUCAUGCGAUCGAUCGACACAAGAGGCGGGGCGUCCUGCAGACCGUUCUCCUCGUUCCCAUCAUGUGCUGCUCCGGCUGCUGGUGGUGGUGGGAGGCCAUCGUCUGGCGGCUGGUGUGCUCCUGCUGCUGCUUGUGGUGCAAGUGGGAGAUAGGGCGGCUGUUGCGAUUGCAGCUGCGGCGAUCCAUACUGCCAUGGACCUACACCGACAUUGCCGUUCACCGGGCAGGUGCACUGGGGAGCGGCUGUGGGGUGCAGACCGGGCGAGUUCGCCGGCUGCUGGUAGGGAGGGACUGCUUGAGGGACCGGCGCAUAGCCGUUCGUCGGACUCAUGUACCCCCACCCAUUGGCAGCGCCGCCAUCACCAUAUGGGUGGCGCUGAAGGACUGCCUGAAGAGAUGCUGGAGCGGACUGCCUGAAGAGAUGCUCGCCAUUCGGGUUGUCAAGUUCCGCCCGCACCCUUUCAUCACAUUCCUCGCCUCUUUCCUGACAAAUCGACACGUGGAAUCCACACAGACAGACAUGUGAAAUCGCCACCUUACCCCUCGGUCACAGUCUUGUGGAUAAAAUGAAGGGGGAGGAAAAGUGCCGGCAGCAGGCCUGCACACACAGGGCAGUAGACCCAUAAACCAACUAAUCGGAGAUUCGUGAUUCGUGGCUGCGUAUUGCCUUACUGAUGGUGUGGUGCCGGGGACGUCACGUGAUGGCCGCGCUGCACGCUCGUGCCCAUCGACAGGUAGCCGUCACCUUGGGGCUGUAGCGGACUGUUCUGCCAAUACGCUGUCGGGUGAUGGCGGGGAGGAAAGGGGGAAUACAGACGAGAAACGUGUGACGGACCGUUGUGGGAAGGCGACUGAAUCUCAUGACGGUCCGUCAGUCGGCUCCCGUCAAUUCGCUGGCAGGACCGGGGGUGCAGGUGCACGGACCCGCCUGGGCUCGCGUGCCGAGGGGGCUGUAUGGCCGUCGGGGGGUAAGCCAUCGACGGGUGCCUCGGAGAAGGCUGUGUGGCAUGCGUGGCAGCUUGGGGAUGAAAUGAUGGCAUGGGCCUUGCCCACAGGGGAUGCCGUGUUGCUGCUGCUGCGCAAGUAGGGGGGCGGGGCGGGUGCAUCGGACGGGGAGGAAUGGAUGCUUCCCGUGAGCCAGCCACGUGUGGUGCGGCGCCGUGCUGUGAGAAUGGCGUCGCUCGUGGCGGGCAGGGGACAGAAAGGCCUCUCGGCUGCGUCGUCAUACGCCUCUCCCGGCGACGGCGGGCCUGGCAAAGCAAUGGCAGAUGGCGACCGACGUGUCUAUUUGUGUGCUGCGUGUGGACGUGCGUACCUGUUUCUCUUUGUAUUUCCGCAUCUCUUCAUGAGAAGGCCGCAUCUCUUCAUUAGAAGGCGUCAUAGGCGCAUCGCCCUUGGGCUCCGCCUUGUGCUUCUCGCGACGACGGCGGGACUGGUCUUGCUUGUAUUUCCGCAUCUCUUCGUGUGCGGGGGUCAUGGGGGCGACGCCUUUGUGCUCGAGAUGGAGGCGCACGGCCACACGCCACAGGCCUCUGCACCGGCACACAGCACACAGACACAGAGAGAGAUGAUGUACCGGCGGGUGUUUGAAUUUGGUGUUGUUUUUCCGUCUUCUCACGUUUCGUAUGCCAUUCGCAGGAGGACGGGGAUGGACGGGUUCUGGAGGGUCUUGCCCUUCUUGCCUGAACCAAUCACAGAGAGAGAGCUUUCGUCGAUGGCUCUGUCUGUGCGCCUCGCAUCUCGCCGUGCUCACCGUGUCCGGACGCUCUGAUGUAGUACCUCAGCAGCUCGCGGCCGGCCUCUCCCAGCGAGAACGAUAUGCCGUCAUAAAACUCAGGGAUCUAAUCCCGUCCACAUACACACACGCACACACAGAGAGAGAGAGGCAAUUAAUACCUCUGUGGCCGUUUCGUCAGUGCAGUGCAUGCCUUAUGGGCGUCCUCAGUCACUCACUCACCUGCGCGUCAGGCGGGAUGUCGUCUAUCCUCAGGUACGACUCGACCGGCUGCGACACGAUCUCAUGAAAGCGCUGUUCAGUUGCACCAGCACCUGCGCCAUUGCUGUCGGCCACUGUCAUUGGCGGUGCCAGAUGCGCCGCAGGACCGCCCAUCUCUGGCGCGCCAUAUGCAUACACAGGGAGGCCGAACGGAGGUGGUGGGUAGCUCUGUGGCUGCUGCUGCUGCUGCUGCUGUAGCUGCUGUUGCUGCUGUUGCUGGUGCAUGUUGUUGGUUUGGGCGUCAUAGGGGUGGCCGUACAUCGGUGUUGCUGAUGGGGGAACGGGGGGAUGGGCAGCCUGGUACUGCAACGGAAGGGCUGGUGGAGCAGUAGAGGCAGCAGCAGCAGCAGGAGAAGGCUGGUCUUGCGACGAUAUGGAUGACACCCCUCUCAGCGACCCACUGUCGCCACUCCGUCUCGCAAUGCCCUCUUCCUCACAGUCGCUGUCCCUGCCGUUGCAAAGCAGCGACUCGCGCGGCAGGGAGUCACCGUUUGCCAUGUCGUCACUCUCUGAACCAACACCAACAGCAGCAGCACCGUGGCCGUCAGCCACUGGUGGGGGCGGAAACACCAUGCCGCCCAUCUGCAGUGGCACGGUGCCACAGCCGCCGAAAUAUUGGGUACGGGGCGCAUACACGGGAGGGCCGUACGGAUGAGCCGACAGAAAGCCCUGUGGCUGCUGCUGCUGGUACGUGUCACAAGGCUGCCCGUACAGCGGUGCUGUUAGUGGUGGGGGAGCCUUGUGACGGGCAGCGGCACCAGCAGCGGCACCAGCCAAGGGCGGCUGUUCCUGCAAUGGUAUAGACGACACCCCCUUCAGCGACCCACUGCCGCCCGUCGUCCCUUGAGCCAUGGCCCACUUGCCCUUGAUGCUCGGACCGCUCGACGACAUCCGCAGACCAUCACUGUCAAGGUCGCUGUCACGACGGCCGUUGUGAAGGAGCGGGGGAGGUGACCUCAUGGGCUCGGACUCGCGCGGCAGCGAGUCUGAACCGUUGGGCAGACCGUUGGCGUAUGUGUGUGGGGGAGGGGGGAGGGGUGCCCGGUCUGCGGCUUGUGUGGGAGGGGGGAGGGGAGGGGGAGGGAAUGACGGCCGCAUCGCCCAGGGAGCCACGUGGGCGAAGGGGUUGCUCUGCAGCAAGGAAGCAAAACACACAUAAGACAGAUGAUGAAUGGAUCUCCCGUGCUGUCUGUCUGGCUGGCUGUGCAUGUGUGUGUGUGUGUGUGUGUGUGUGUAUGUGUGUGAUCUCUCACCCUUGAGCGAAAUCGCGCCCCCAUCGCGUCGGUAUUGUGAGGAUUGGUGGGCGGAUGGGUGGGUGCACGUAUGGCAGCGGCAGCGGCAGCAGUGGGGGCCGAAGGGUCACUGAAAAUGGCCUUGGCGGACGGAUCAUCCCCCGGGAGAUCGCGAACUGUAAGCACAUGCAUCGACACACAUGUGCUUACAGUUCAGUGUCGUUGUCCUUGGCGCACCUUGUGAAGGCUCGAUGGUCUUGCCGAUGAGAGAGGGCGCCUCUGAUGACGGACGCAGCUUCUUCCUCAGCGAUUCGUCAUCCUUUCCCCCCCUGACAUCUCCUCUCUGCUCCCUGAGCUGGACGAAGUAGAAGGGAUCCGUCUCAUCCAGCACCGUCAUGCGAUCGUCAUCUGCCAUCUCCACCAGCACCAGCCGGAAGGGCACAUGUGAAUCGCGCCCUUUGGUGAUGGCACGGUAAGGCAUGUUGCCGCGGAGCUGCAUCCCCACGUGGCUUCUGGAAUCUUUUUGCCCGGAGAUGGUCAGCAAGUCGUCGAAACUCCACGGCCCUUGGCUUUUGUCGCCGCCGUGGCCAUGGCUGCCAAAGCAACCCUGCUUUCCAGGGAAUCCAAGAAUGCCCGCCUUGUCCGUGUUCCUCUUCGGCGAGUCGGCCGGCUUCUUGGUUGCCUGAGAAGCCAAAAAGGCACAGGAAUCAUGAGAGCCUGAGGGCUCACAUGACUCAUUUCAAAGGCCCACCCAGAAGAAAUAGUCGUCACGAGCCAGAAGGAUGUUCAGCUUCUCUGCGCUAGCACUGCCAGUGCUCUCACCGGUUCUCUUCACGGAGAUCUUGACUGACCACGGCGCGUUCGGUGUGCCUGGACGAAUCAGCCAUUGCCCGUCAAGUUUUUUCGCAUCCGUUGAUUUGAUCUCCUCGCGCUCGUCGGGGUCAAGGUCGAUGGAAUACGCCAUUUUCAUCGAAAGAUAAGCUACAGAGACCCGAC